UAGUCUCUUCUAAUGUCUAAUUCGAGGCUUAAUUACGGUGAAAUGGUAUAUUAACGCUAAUUGGUUCGACUGUAGAAGAUGAGUGAUGGCCGAGAUGGAAUAAUUGUGUUUUGUAAUGGUCUGUGAAAGUUAAGCUGAAGUUUGAACGUUGCUAGCGCAACUGGUGUCGCAGUUUCUCCCUUCAAGCUUUGGAGGCACUUCUGGGAUGAGCAGCUCUAUGGAGGGAGGAGCUACUGGCGGAGCACCGCUGCCCCCUGGUCUCACUCAGGAGGAAGCAGAAGAACUGAGAGUGGAGCUGUCUAAGGUGGAGGAUGAGAUUCAGACGUUGAGGCAGGUCCUGUCUGCGAAGGAACGGCACGCGGGCGACAUCAAGAGACGCCUGGGCAUCAGCCCCCUCAAUGAGAUCAAGCAGAACCUCUCCAAGGGGUGGCAAGAUGUCCAGUCCUCUAAUGCCUAUGUGCAAACCAAAGAGAAACUUGGCCAGUGGAAUGAAAGCAUUACCCACUCAAAUAUUUACCUUACAGCCUCUGCCACUGUGGACGACAUUAGCCGAUCUGACGCGUAUAGGAAGACGCAGGAGGCCUUCUCCACGGCUGGCCAGAUUACCUCGGAGGCCCUGUCUUCCAUGGGGGCUGCCAUCAGCCAGAGAAUUGGAACCAUGAGUGCUCUGCACUUCGGCAACACUCCGAGGCUUGGCUACAACGUGCAUCACUCCUUAAGUAUGCCCAGUAUGAGGAGCUCCCCGUCCUUCAGGUCAUUUGAAGACAAGAUGGGAAGCAUCAGGAAGUAGAGAGCACCCAGCCCUCUCCUCGCUCAUCGCAAAGAACAAGUUCAUCUGUCCCGAUGGCAUGGUGAAGGAUCUACGCCUACCUGUGAACAUACUCCUUGAAUAGCACUCCUUAAGCCAGCUCUGGUAAAUGUACUAAUAAAGUGAAAUGUGAAUAGCAGUAGAAGGAACAUGCAACUGUGUUUUCUUCUAAACAAAGAGGUUUUAUAUUUUCCCCACUUGGUAUGUUUAAUUGUUCAAUGAGAAGAUCAGGAGAAGAUCAGUUACAGUGCCCAGCAAUAAUGAGUACACCCCUUUUGAAAGAUUGUGAACAAUAUUUCAGUAAACAUAUACGAUAUCAUCACAGUAUGCAAUGACAAAUAAUAUAUAUGUUGGUCUUACAAUACAAAAGAAUGGUUUCUAACAUGACUUGUAUUACACAUUUAUCACAUAUUGUACAGAAAUGAGUACACCCCGAGGAAAGUCUCACAGCAAAAGCUAAAAUCUAUAUAAUAAAAAAUAUGUGGUUUGAGUUAUAUUAUUAGCCUUAAGUUUAUGUUGCAUUCUGAACAGGCGUUGUAUUAAACUUUUAAUCCACGCACAUUUAGGGAACCACUUAUUGAAAUAUUGUUACUUUUUCAAAAGGGGUGUACUCAUUACUACUGGGUACUGUAUAUCCUUGGAUGUGUCUGCUGCACAGAUUUUGUCAUAUCACAUAAGCUUAAUAAGAGAAAUCCCUGAAGUUAGCCAGGAUGGCUCACUUGUGAAGCACAAAGUCAUAACUCUUCAGAUGUUUGACACCUCACCACUUAGUUAGUAAUGAUUUGACUUUGGAACUGUUCUCUAUAUUAUGCCGUAAUCACUUAUCAGUCUGGUUUGCUGUUUGAUUGGAUUGGGGUUCCCUUGCUUUACAUGUAUUUUGCAAUUACAAUGUACCCCCGUUGGUUAUUUUGCUGUGUAUUUGUACAUGUAGGAAUACAUGUUAGAGCACACUCUGUCGACCUCGGGCUGUUAAGGUGACAUAUCCUUUGCAGUUGCUGGAAUAACAGAAUGUGUAUUUUAAGGGCAUUUUGAAAUAACCAAAAGAAACGUCAAACACACCAGACCUGCUGCAGCUCAUGACAUGUUUUUCUUUUACUACUUGUACAGGUGUGGCGCUUCUCUAAGUUGGAAGCUUUUUCUGACCCAUGUAUCACAUUGACUACAUAUCAGGGGUCUCUGACAAAGGGCUAUAUCUGAGUUGCAAGGGAGUGGUCUUGAACCACACUUUUAAAACACUACAAUGCAAGUCUGUUACUUUGCCAUUGACUGUAAAUCUGUGGAAGAGUUAAUACAAUGUUGUGUUGAUGCUAUGCUGAACCAUCAUAAGAGGAAUGUGAUCACACUAAAUACAUGCCUAGGAACAUGUGUGGUUGUUGUCUCCUUUGGGCAAGAUAUUAUAUAAUGAAGGGUAUCUUUAAAGAUUUGUUUGGUAUCUUUAAAAGAAGAGUUAAACUUCCUUCUGUUCUCUGUUACAGUGGGACUAGAUAAAUUGGGCUUUUCCAAUGUUACAAUUUUUAGACUGUUUGAGUUAGGUGGUCAUUUAUAUUUAUUGCUUUAUUGGUGACUUAAAUAAAGGUUGAAAUGUA